CUUCCCCCGGUAUCCGUGCGCCGAGCUGAUAAAGGCGCCAUUUUGGAGCGGCCGCGGGAGACGUGGUGCCGCCGAGGGCUCGCUCUGCCGUACGCUAGGCUUGGUGGGAAGGCCUCUUGCUUUUUUUUUUUUUUUUUCCCCCCUCCCUUCCGAGUCCGCGCUUUUUCGUCGCCGUCGCUGUCGCCGCCGCCGCCAUGUCGGGAGGUGGUGUGAUCCGUGGCCCGGCGGGGAACAACGACUGCCGCAUCUACGUGGGUAACCUACCUCCGGACAUCCGAACCAAGGACAUCGAGGACGUGUUUUACAAAUACGGCGCCAUCCGCGACAUCGACCUGAAGAACCGCCGCGGGGGACCGCCCUUCGCCUUCGUUGAGUUCGAGGACCCGCGAGACGCGGAAGAUGCGGUGUACGGUCGCGACGGCUACGACUACGACGGCUACCGGCUGCGGGUAGAGUUUCCCCGAAGCGGCCGUGGGACCGGCCGAGGCGGUGGCGGGGGUGGAGGAGGCGGCGCCCCGAGAGGCCGCUAUGGCCCGCCGUCCAGGCGGUCCGAGAACAGAGUGGUUGUCUCUGGACUGCCUCCGAGUGGAAGCUGGCAGGACUUAAAGGAUCACAUGCGUGAAGCAGGUGAUGUAUGUUAUGCUGAUGUUUACCGAGAUGGCACUGGUGUCGUGGAGUUUGUACGGAAAGAAGAUAUGACGUAUGCAGUUCGAAAACUGGAUAACACUAAGUUUAGAUCUCACGAGGGAGAAACUGCCUACAUCCGGGUUAAAGUUGAUGGGCCCAGAAGUCCAAGUUAUGGAAGAUCUCGAUCUCGAAGCCGUAGUCGUAGCAGAAGCCGUAGCAGAAGCAACAGCAGGAGUCGCAGUUACUCCCCAAGGAGAAGCAGAGGAUCACCACGCUAUUCUCCCCGUCAUAGCAGAUCUCGCUCUCGUACAUAAGAUGAUUGGUGACACUUUUUGUAGAACCCAUGUUGUAUACAGUUUUCCUUUACUCAGUACAAUCUUUUCAUUUUUUUAAUUCAAGCUGUUUUGUUCAGAAUGGGCUAAAGUGUUGAAUUGCAUUCUUGUGUAAUAUCCCCUUGCUCCUAACAUCUACAUUCCCCUCAUGUCUUUGGUAACUUGUAUUUUAAUUGAUGUCAUAGACAGGAUUGUUUAAAUUUAGUUAAUUUCCAUGCUCUUCAGACUGUGAUAUUAUGUAAAUGUCUAUUCUGCUCUGGUUUGUGUGAAAUGGGAUGUUGGGGGUGUUUGUGGUUAUCUUACUUGGGGAAGUUCUUAUGUUUAUCUUGCUUUUCAUGUGUCUUUCUGUAGACAUAUCUGAAGAGAUGGAUUAAGAAUGCUUUGGAUUAAGGAUUGUGGAGCACAUUUCAAUCAUUUUAGGAUUGUCAAAAGGAGGAUUGAGGAGGAUCAGAUCAAUAAUGGAGGCAAUGGUAUGACUCCAAGUGCUAUUGUCACAGAUGAAAUUGGCAGUAUUGACCUUAUACUAAAAGGCGAGGGUUAAAACUUUAUCUACCUUAAAAGAUUUGCAAACACUUAUGCAGUUAUCUUCAGCUACAAUUGCUUUGCUUUUUAAAACCUUGGCAAUUGUGGCAAAAUUGCCCAUUUUGUAACAAUUAUUUGCUCCCUUCCCCCUUUUUGUUUUAAUAGGGACUAAUGUGGGAAGAAUGGCUAAUUUGUCACAGUGUUUAGUUACAACUGUUAAUGUGUGGCCUGCUGUUGGUGUACAUGUGGGUACAGGGUGUCUAUUUCCAAACAGAGUAUAAUAUCAAUACUGCUAAAUCUGCAUGUCCUCUGUGUGACUGAUAGAGCGUUGUUAUUUCAUUUUUUAAAGACAAAAUGACAGCAAAAUAUAGAAUUCCAACAUAUUAGUGUAGAUAAUCUAGUUGGGAGUGCUUUAAGUCUCACCUUCCCUUUUAAUAUUCAUAAUUGACUCAUGUUUAAAACACUUUAAUUUACAAGCUAAAUUGCAGAUGGCAGCAAUAGUUUAGGUUUAGGUGGGUAGUAGUCCCCGUAAACUUCAAUUACAUAACUUUGCAACCACAAAACCUGUGAUACCUGUACAGUAACAAGUGUUGGCAUUAUCAGUUGAACUGUAAAUAUAAAGUGCUUCUUCCAGUUAGUCUCUAUAGUGAUUAAGUUUCUAAAAUUUAUCUGAACACCAUACAGAAACUUGUUUUGGGGAAUUUGAUAGUUAUUGAUGUACAUCUGUAAACUGAUGACAGACAUAACUUAUCAUUCCCCAGAAACUUUUUUUGGUUACAGUGUCUAACAUUUUGCCUCCUCUUUUUUGGUUUUGCUGGUUAUAAAGGUUUGGAUUGGAGAGGGCUCACUGGAUCCCAAUCCUUGGAGCUGGAUCAUUGGAUUCAAAUCAUAAUGUGGAUAGGAUAGGGAGGAUGAAUUACCAGGAUUCAUGGAGCGGGAUCAGAUUACCAGGAACAUAGGAGUGGAUUCCUUCCUGCCCCAACCAAACCGCAUUCGUGUGGAUUUUUUUUUCAUUCAACUUAAUUGGCUAUUCCAAAGAAUUUUUUUCCUAUUUUUGACGAUUGGAGCCCUUAAGAUGCACGAUGGAAUUGUGUUUUGCAUUUUUUGGUAAAAGGAGCAAAGCGAGGACCUGGAGAUAUACGCUGGAGCAAUCUCCUUGGAAGGAUUCAGCACGAGUAGAUGGUAAACAUUUAAAGGGGAAAAGGGGGGGUUUGUUUAAAAUAGUAAAUCAGUAAGUCACUUCUAAAUUUAAAGAAAACAAAAUUGGAGUUGAAGAAUAAGUAGGUUUCCAAUUGGCUAUUGCCGUUUUUCUUUGAAAAAAAAUAAACAUUUUUUAAAAAACGAUGCAUGGUUGUCCUUUUUCCUCUGUAUGUAAAAUUUUGACUGGGUAACUAGUGUACCAGUUAUUUAAUUUGAUAAGAUUCUGAUUCUGUUUAUGUGUUAGUAAAUUAAAGAUUCUAAUAAAUGAUAACUGUCUCUGUU